AUGGCUGCGAACCUGAGCCGAAACGGACCGGCGCUGCAGGAGGCCUACGCGCGCGUGGUCGCCGAGAAGUCCCCGACCGACUGGGCUCUCUUUACCUAUGAAGGCAACAGCAAUGACAUCCGCGUGGCUGGCACCGGGGAGGGGGGCCUGGAGGAGGUGGUGGAGGAGCUCAGCAGUGGGAAGGUGAUGUACGCGUUCUGCAGGGUGAAGGACCCCAACUCUGGACUGCCCAAGUUUGUCCUCAUCAACUGGACAGGCGAAGGCGUGAACGAUGUGCGGAAGGGCGUGUGUGCCAACCACGUCAGCACCAUGGCCAGCUUCCUGAAGGGCGCCCACGUGACCAUCAACGCAAGGGCUGAGGAGGACGUGGAGCCUGAGUGCAUCAUGCAGAAGGUGGCCAGGGCCUCAGGCGCCAACUACACAUUCCACAAGGAGAGCAGCCGCUUCCAGGACACGGGCCCUCAGGCCCCAGUGGGCUCCGUGUACCAGAAGACCAAUGCUGUGUCAGAGAUCAAGGGGUUCAGCAAAGACAGCUUCUGGGCCAAAGCGGAGGAGGAGGAGGAGCAGCGGCGGGCCCAGGAGCAGCGGCGGGCGGCGCAGGAGCGGCAGCGGCUGGAGCAGGAGCGCCGGGAGCGGGAGCUGCGGGAGGCCGCCCUCCGGGAGCAGCGCGACCGGCAGCAGGGCCAGGAGGCCAGGCAGAGCAGGAAAUAUGAGCAGCAGGAAGUGGUUGAGAGGAGCAAAGAGGAGCAGGAGCCUGGUCAUCAGUCACCUUGGGAGAUGUUCAUGCAGAAGGAGAGAGCCGUGUCUACCGCACCCACCUCCAGCCCCCAGCCAGGCAAACUGCGGAGCCCCUUCCUACAGAGGCAACUCCCCCAACCAGAGAGCCCCCUCAGCGGGGAGAGGGCACACGCCGCCUCCAGGCCCAGCGCAGGUGUCUGUGAGCAGCCAGCGCCCAGUGCCCCUGCGUGCCCGGUGCAGGCGGAGGAGGAGGCCGUGUACGAGGAGCCACCAGAGCAGGAGACCCUUUACGAGGAGCCCCCCAUGGGGGAGCAGCAGGACCCUGACUCUGUGCACCUGGACCACGUCCCCGGGCUGAGCGGAAAGGGGCUGUGUGCCCGGGCCCUGUACGACUACCAGGCAGCUGAUGAGACCGAGAUCUCCUUCGACCCCGAAAACCUCAUCACGGGCAUCGAGGUGAUCGACGAAGGCUGGUGGCGCGGCUACGGGCCUGACGGCCACUUCGGCAUGUUCCCUGCCAACUACGUGGAGCUCAUCGAGUGA